UUCUAGACACAAGUGACAGAAUACUUCUGAACACGUUGACCAUUUUACUCACCCAGCAGAGCUGGUUAGGUUGUUUAUGUAAUCUAGAGAGUUGGUGACUGUAUUUGUGCUGCAGGCAAUCAUGUAGAUCAUUUUUUCCCCGAUGUUUUAAUUUAUCCCGGUCACAUUGAACCGGCGUUGCGCAUUCAUAAAUUCAACAGUUAUUCAUCUCCCUGGUACUCAGAAAAGAGUGCUCUGAUCGGACUGGACAGAAGGAUUUUGCAAACGCACAAAGUCAGGUCAACAUGACAUUUUUCUUCUCGUUUUGAGACACAGUAAUAUAGUGUAUUGUGGCUCGCUUCGGUUUUAACUGAGUAGCAACGUUUGCGGAAUCAUUUGCUUCCAACAAGUGUGCAAAUAGGCAUCAUGUUAGCCACCGUGCUAGCUAGCUAAUCACGUAGCUACCUGGACUGGAUAGCGUUACCGUCGUCAGCUGUCCUGCAACAUCAAGGACAGAUGACAAUUUCACUCCGAAUUCUCAAAGAAAUCACUAUCCAGUUCUAUGUUCAGUACAUGAGCUAACUAACCUAACUAUACAAUGAUGGAUUCAAAGAGAGACAUGAAAGAUCAAGAAACCGAGAGAGUCUCCAAGGUGACAGCUGUGCUGCUGAAGUCCCGGACAGGAGAGUUUGAUCUGGAAUCUAUUCUGUUCCUGAAGCUCCGAGGUCUCGGGAUCUAUGAUCUAGGCUGUAUCGGGGACUGUAUAAAUCUGGAGAGACUGGAUCUGUCUGGUAACAACAUCACUAACCUGGCGCCACUCUCUUCUCUGAGACUACUACAGAUACUCAAUGUGUCAGCCAACAGGAUCUCUAACUUAGAAGACAUUUCCUGCUGUGACAGUUUACAGAGCCUAAAUGUGGCUGGGAACCUCAUAUCCAGUAUUGACAACAUCCACUGCCUUCAGUCUUUGAGGAAGCUGGAGAAUAUCCGCCUGAAAGACAACACCUAUAAUUACACCAACCCAGUUUGUAAGAACUCGUCCUACAGAAACAUUCUCCUGGAGAUGUUCCCAAACAUCAGAGUGUUGGAUGGUGAAAGAGUGGUUGGACGUGGGAGUGAUUUAUAUAAAUUAUGCAAAGACAUUGAUGAAACUAUCAAAGCUGGUUUCUAUAGGAACGGCCAGUUACCAGAGCUGCCUGGCUGUAAGCCCUGGGUCGACAACGACUUCUGGGAAAUCAAGAGAUCCAGCAACGCCAUUAUAGACGAGGCCUACAAACAGUUCAAUGACGUCCUUCAUGAAUGCCGACUGCUGAACAACAGAGCAACACAUGUCAUCUCGCAGACGGAGAGAUCUCUGAGCCUCAAGAACCAGCCAAAGCAGUACUCUGUUUAAAAUGCCGUUUACAACAGAGCAACAUUGAUUGUGAAGUGUGUUUGUGUUACUUUACAUGAAACGAUGUCAUGGCUUCAUGUAUUUGUAUUAAAUGAUGUUGUUUUAUAUCCGAA